AUGAAGUUCGGUCUACGCUUCGCGCUACUCGCGCAGACGAAGUGCCAGAAUCUCUCGCCGAGCUCGCGUCUGAGCCGAGUGACCCGCCUCUCGUCCAGCCUCUCGUCGGACCGCCCUUCGUACGACUACACGAGCGAGGAUUGCACCGUGGUGUUCGACGCAGAUGGCGCGUACUGCAUGGAAGAGGCCGCGCUCAUGUCGCGCGUGAACGUCGAGAACUGCGUCCGCGACAGCGCCAACCCCGAGGAAGAGUGCGACGUGCCCCCGAAGUACCAGGAGCUCAUGGACCGCAUCAUCCAGAAGAAGCCCAAGCCGAAGACCGCGUCCCCAACCGUGACGGUGGUGGAUUCGGAGGGCUCCUUCGAGGAGUACAUCGGCCGCCCGCUCUGACGAGCCCGGCGCCCAGCUUAGCUGUGACGACACGGCCUAAGCACCUGUGAUAUUG